AUGUCUACCGCCUUCAGCAGCCUCUGCCAGCCCCACGGCACAAGGCCGCCAACAAUGCAAGGCGGCGCGCACUGCGUGCGGGUGGCCAAGCGCUCGGUACCUGUCCGGCGGCGAGUGCAUCUCGUUUCACGUCGAGCACACCGGCUAAGGGACGUCCCCGCGUCCUCCCCGCGCACCGGGCCGGUUGAGCCGCCACCAGUUCCUGGACCGGGUGAGCGGAAACGGGAACAAGUCGUUGACCGCCUUCGCUUGCGUCUCGUCAGUCGCCGUGCAACGCAGCUUAUCGAAGCGCUCGAGCGGCGGCAUGGUGAGCGAUGGUCCGAACGUGUGAAGGAAGGUGGUUUCCACGUCGAUGAGGCCAUGCGACGCAUUUGCGAGGCCUUCCAGCUGCGACCCGAACUGGAGCGGCAGGUUCUUACUCUGGCCCGGCACCGCGCGCAGGGCUGGCGGGGGGCAGCCUCGGAAUGCUCUGGGUCCCCGAGCGGCAGCGACGGCGAACAGCCGGCCACGCAGUCCAGGCCGGGGCCCUUGCACAAGUUUGUCCUGGUGGAACACAGCUUCGAAGAUGGCCCAGGCUCAACCAGGUCGACGGCCUCGACAGCAUCCUUCGGAUCGCUCUCAUCGCCUUCCGAAGAUGAGGCCACGAUAAAAGAUCCUAGCGAUCUGCUGUGGCAGGAGAUUGAUUGGUUGAUGGAUUCAACUCAGCGACAUAGCCUCGAUGGUGGACCGAAAAUGGGAAGGGCUCCCUGGCUGCAGCGUGCUCUGCGCACCCUGGACUUGGAUCCGCCUGGCGCGAGGUGCGCAACGCCGCCUGCGGGAGAGGGCGAGGAGGACGAAGAGCUCAGCCGCAAGUUGGUCACAGCCAUCAUCAACGCAGAGCGCCAUGCGGAGUUGUCCGAGACCUUGCAAGAGGUCCUCGGAGACGAAGGCGGUGUUGACGAUGAUGACGAUGAUAGAGGGCCGCGGCGACAGCGAAGCAUCGAUUUCCAAGACUCCGACAUCCGCUUUUUCGUCAUCGACCCUCAGGGCGAGGCGAUGGGCGAAGAGUACUGCCGGGCCUUGCACACCAAGGCUUUUGACGGCCCCAGCGGACACAAAGCCCGGAAAGCCUCAUGCUCGGAUGAGGGCUUUGACUCCUCCGACGACGAGAGUGACGAGGAGGAGGAAGACUGGAAAGACCAGUGUGACGAAAUGGCCGACUUGAUGGGCCAGCAGCGUCAGAUGGUUUUAUGGUCGGGAUCUUGGUAG